CAAUUCUUGUCUUCUCCCGAGAUUCUUUUUUUUUCCUCCCCAGAUUAACUCCCGAGAAUUGGUGUCUCGCCCGAAAACCCCCAGCAGAUCGAGCUACACCGAGAUCGCUCCUUCGGCUUGGCGCUUUUCGGAGUGGGCCUGGACUACACGGAAACGACUUGCACGGCUUUCGGAGGACACCCCUUGCUGACUAUGGCGGAGCCCGAACGUCGGACCCCGAGGCUACGGCCACAAGUGUCGUGUGCUCUUUGCCGGAGGCGUAAAAUCCGGUGCAAUCGGGAGACACCCUGCAGCAACUGUAUUCGCUCCAAGAACAUCCACGGCUGUGUGUAUCAGGUCCGCCAGCCUCCUCAACCCUUACCGCCGCAUAGACCACGUCCGCUUGCUUGUGAUACCCCCAAAGACCAAGCCCCGAGCCUUGUUCGAACGGGUCCAGUUGUCCGGUCGGCCCCAGUUCCGGAUCCUCUCAUCACAGCACUGCCGUUUUCUACCCCGUCAACAAGCGAAACUUUUACUGUUGUCUCGGGCCACUCCUCAAAAGCUUCAUCCUGCGUUAGCUACCCUAGCUCAGCUCACUCGCCUGUCGCAACAAAUCAGUUCACGACCUCAGUCUCUAGCUCGGAUCCCGAUGUCCUGAGAAGGAGAAUUCGGGAGCUUGAGGAACAGUUGUCUAAAGAAGCACUUUCACGGUCCUCAAACCUAGAAUCUUCUUCCAAUCCAACAGCUACACACGAGUCCUCUCUCGCAGGAACCUUCGUUACUCAAACGGCCAGCACCUCCCGAACUGUCAAUGUUUUCCACAAAAGCCGUCUGUUCGGCCAAAGUCAUUGGUUCAAUGGAGUCAUCUUGCUGUUGGACACUUUCAAAAUGUUCGAGCCCCUGGUCCGCAACGGCACCGCAAAUAAGUCCGUGGCCGGCGUGGAAAAGUGCAAAGCCUUGGCUAGAGCCAUCAAGGGUCAAAGGACUCCGCCAUGGCCGACCAUACCAACUCGUAACCUGCCCCCAAGGGAAAUUGCCGACCAACUUGUCGACUGUUAUCUCAGGACUUUUGAGUCCUUGUACAGGGUCCUGCACAUCCCCACCUUCAAAAGAGACUAUGAGGCGCUCUGGCAAUCAGUGUCGGCGCAACCACAUCCGAAUCAACAGCUGCAGCAUGUCGACAUGGCCUUCCUGGUCCAAGUCAAGCUUGUGCUUGCCAUUGGCGCUACCGUUUACGACCAAGAGUUUUCUCUCCGCCCCUCUGCCAUCCGCUGGGUGUAUGAGGCGCUCACAUUCACCUCGGAACCAGAGUUCAAGUCCCGAUUGAACAUCAAGUCCCUACAAACCGAUAUCUUGCUAUUGCUAGCACGUGAAACGGCCGGUCUGGGUGGAAAUUUGACCUGGAUCUCGGCGGGUUCCUUACUGAGGACGGCGGUGUACAUGGGAUUGCACAGAGACCCGGCGCACCUCCUUAGAGGGACAAUCUUCGCCGCCGAAAUGCACCGGCGGCUGUGGAAUACCGUGCUCGAGCUAACAGUCUCAUGUAGUAUGAAUGCCGGAGCACCGCCGCAGAUAUCGCUCGAUGACUAUGACACAGAGCCGCCGGGUAACUUCCACGAUGAGCAGCUUGUGGAAACUCGUGCAGACGAUGGAAGCGACCAUUCACCCGCAGUUGCGCAACAGGAAACUGAGUUUACGCAAACGUCCGUUGCAAUCGCCAUGCGGAAGAUUCUUCCCAUCAGGCUUGCGAUCGCCAGAUUUCUGAACGACCUCGGAUCGACUUGUCGCCAGGGUGAUAUGGCAUCUGCAUAUCAUGAAUCAUUGAGACUCGAUGCGGAUCUGAGAGCAGCGUAUCGAACUCUCACUCGAACCUUUCAAGUGCUUUCUCGCAACUUGAACGAGGUUUGCUGGCCGGGGUCAUCGUCAUCCGCUCUGCUCUUCCCGUCUAAGUUCAUCGAUCUCGUCAUCAACCGUGAACUCUCCGCCCUUCACAUUCCCUUCUACAGCGCCGCCCUCCACGAAGCUGCCUACGCCUUCUCGCGAAAGGUCGUCGUGGAGUCCUGUUUCAAGAUCUGGCGUGCCAUCAACCCUUGGCCAACCUCCCCUUCCUCGUCAGAUGCCACUAAGCAGGAUACCAACCCCGAAGGAGCUGCCAACCAAGACAUUUGCCGCCUGGCUUCCCACGGUGCCGGCUUCUGCCGGAACGCAGGGAUUCAGGUAAGCAUGCUCCUCCUCGGCGAGCUGCGCGCCCAGCUCAGAGAAGAAGCCGAAACAAGUCUUGCUCCAGUAAAUCGAUCACUGCUGCGACCGGACCUGCUCGCUAUGGUGACCGAGGCCAAGGACUGGACCAUGCGCAGCAUCAAGGUGGGCGAGACCAACGUGAAGGGACACCUGUUUGCUAGUAUGGUGUCGGCGCAGAUUGAAGGCAUGAUGAAAGGCCUGGAAGGAGACGAAGCAAUUGCGCAGGUACUGGUCAAGGCGGCUGAUGAGGUUGUGGAUAAGUGUGUGCCGCUUCUGGAGGAGAUGUUGGAGAGAGAGACAAGGAUAAGGAUGGCGAGCGGUGGAGAAACCGAUUCUGGGCAAAAGCACGGAUUUGGAUGGGGACAGGGAGAGGCAGAAGAGGGGAUGGAAUCACAACGACAACAACAACAACAACAACAACAACAACAACAACAACAACAACAACAACAACAACAACAACAACAACAACAACAACAACAACAACAACAUAAACAACGGCAAAUUGAAACAGACGGGGUAUCAACCACAUAUGAAACAGAAACGCCGGUGUGGAUAAUGGAUGACUGGGAUAUGUCGCUGCUGGAUGUUCAACACAUUGGCGACUUUGGGAAUAUGCCCGAAUUAAUGAGUUGGGCGCUUGCCGGAGCCACAUCUUGUGGUACAGGCGGCCCAUUCGGAUGGUAAAGCAAGUGCUUGUGAUGAGAUACGAUGUUGAGACGAAGUUGUUGUUUGUUUGUGAUCUUGGCUGAUGGGACGGGAGACGGCCGCCAGACGUAUGUAUAUUACUUAUUGUACCCUAACCCUCAAAACUCCCACUUCUUUUCAGCAAUCUUGCAUCGAAUCGGUUGUGUUCCUUCCAAAAAUGGACACAGCCACUCUACCGCCCUGCCUGUUCCUGAGCAGGUUCCUUCCCUGCCCAUUCAAAUCAGAUCACUGCGCCUUCAAUGGAAAGGAAAUGAG